AAAUGACGCGCUACCACUUUAAAUGAGUUCAGAGUUCACCGCUGCACGUGGUUAAAUCAACAUGGCAGCUCCCUGUACAUUUUACUGAGAAGUGUAAUUCAAAGUAAAUAGAAGAAGAUCAACUAAGUGAUGGCAGAUGCUAGUGGCAGCCCUAUGGCUGAUACUCCUCCCUCAAAGGAGGAGAAGCCAGAUGACCUCCCCCAGGACUCCAACAAUGAUGGUGUAAAGUGCGACCCCAAAGCUGAAGGGGGGGACGAGGCAGCCUCUGACCCCAGUAUGUACCGCUACAUCAAAGAGGAUCUCUUCACAUCUGAGAUCUACAAAGUGGAGAUCAGGAAUCUUCCCAAGUUCACUGGCUUCAACGACCUGAAGAAGUUCCUUGCCAAACACAGCCUCAACCCACAUAAAAUCAAGCUGUUCGGCAAGCAGACGUUUGCUUUCGUCACCUUUAAGAACGAGGAAGAGCGCGACAAGGCCAUGAAGAUGGUUCAUGGCAUGCAGUGGAAAGGCCAGGUGCUGAGCGUCAGGCUGGCCAAACCCAAAGCAGACCCCAUCCUGAGGAAGAGGAAGCAGGAGGAGGGAGAGGGCGCAGGAGGGCCCCCAUCCAAGCGAACAGAAGGUGAUGAGGAAGAGGAGCCACUCAGUGUCCAGUUAGCCAAUGUGGUGACUCCUCUGUGGAAUGUGCCUUAUGAGGAGCAGCUGAGGAGGAAGGAGCAGGAGGUGGUGGGGGUUCUGCAGAGGCUGGCCAAAGAGAUUGGCAGCACCAACAAAGCCAUGUUACCAUGGCUGUUUGCACAGAAAGGGAAAUACAACAAAAUGUGUUGUCCUCUGGAAGCGAUCCGACCUUCUCCCACACAGACAGAGUACAGAAACAAGUGUGAGUUCCUCAUCUCAGUGGGUGCAGAUGGGGAGGAUAAAACCAUCGGUUUUCGCCUGGGAAAAUAUAAAGGCGGCUCCUGUGCUGUGGUGGGGCCGGCUGAGUCAUGUCAUGUCUCAGCUGAGGCUAAGAGAGUCGUCAGCGAGUUUCAGAAGUUCAUCAGGACGACAUCAUACUCUGUGUACAGCCCCGAGACAUAUGAAGGACACUGGAAGCAGCUGACUGUGAGGACUACGAGGACCAAACAAGCCAUGGCUGUAGCGUUCUUCAACCCACAGAAGCUUGAAGAAGAGGAAAUAAAUGCAUUAAAGAGCUCCAUGAAGGAGUACUUUACAGAAGGAGAGGGGAAAGAGAGCGGAGUAACCUCUCUUUACUUUGUUAGAGAAGGUCAAAGAACUUCUCCUAACCUCGAGGACUUGCCCUGUGAGCAGGUGGCUGGAGAGAGCAGCAUUCAUGAGGAACUCCUGGGUCUAAAGUUCAGAAUAUCUCCUCAUUCCUUCUUCCAGGUGAAUACAGGCGCUGCAGAGGUUCUGUACUCUGCUGUGGGGGAAUGGGCUCAGCUGGAUCAGGACAGCACCGUACUGGAUGUGUGUUGUGGGACAGGAACUAUUGGCAUCUCUCUGGCAAAGAGGGUAAAAAAGGUGAUUGGGAUUGAACUGUGCCAGGAAGCUGUGGAGGAUGCCAAAGUUAAUGCAAAGCUCAAUGGUCUGAGUAAUGUUGAGUUUCACUGUGGGAAAGCUGAGGACGUGUUCCCUAACAUUCUCAACGCUCUCGUGUCACCAAACCUCACAGCAAUUGUUGAUCCUCCGCGAGCCGGCCUACAUUCCAAGGUGAUACUUGCCAUCAGGAGGGCAGAGCAUCUGAAGAGGCUGGUUUAUGUGGCAUGCAAUGCUAAAGCAGCAAUGAACAACUUCAUCGAUCUGUGCAGAGCACCAUCCAACAGAGUUCACGGGGCCCCGUUCCGUCCGGUGCGAGCCAUGGCUGUGGAUCUGUUUCCUCAGACCAUGCAUGUGGAGAUGCUCCUGCUGCUGGAGAGAGUGGACUACGACUCCCAGCAGCAACAGACCAGCAAGCAAUAAAGAAGCAAGGCCUUUAAAAACGGGGCCCUUGCCUCUGAUAGGUAGCAUGGGCUUUCUGUUCUAGAGAUGUAUGCGCACACACACAGUACUUCAAAGAGACCUGGAAAUUCAAGUUGAAAUAUUUUUUUCCCCUGUUGUUUAAGUAAGCUGGAGAGCUGUUUAAUCUUAACUUUGAAGGAUCAGUUCAUCCAAAUAACAGCUCUCACCAGCUCUUAUUUCAUAAUGCAAUAUUAAUUUGUGCUUCAAAUAAACUUAGUGUUAAUACAGCAUGCAUUGCACUGCAUUUGCUUAACUAAGCCUUUUGGACUGUCCUUUUGCUUGUUAUGCCUUUUCAGUUUCAGAACUUGAUUCAGCUUAUUUAAAAGUAAGUUUCUUUAAUGAGCUGUCUGAAAACCACAAAGCUAUGUUAGAUUUAUAUUUUAGUCUGUCCCGAAAGUCCUGAUACAUUAACUGUUAAUAAAGGCAGAACCACACAAGUGGGAACAAUGGAAUAAAUAGCUUGACUUAUUUAAGCGCCAGUUUGUUAACUUCCUCGUUUCCGAGUGUUUCAUCAUUCUGCAACUGAAUAAAACAAAGCCCUUCUA